UUACUACUGCUAUUAUUAUGGCAACUCUGGCAACUGUUAUGGGUAUAUAAGAGAGACAGAGGGAAGGGGAGCCUGGUGAUAUCUACUGCUGGGCCAAAUGAAGAGUGUCACCGCCUGCUGUCUGCUGCUCCUGCUGGGGGCCGCUGCCUCCCUGCACAGGGUGCCCCUCCAGAGGACAGCCAAGGGGCCAAGAACGCUGCAGGAGCUUCGCCAAGCCCACGCCUUUGUCAACAACCGAUAUGGAAACACACGCGAGGAAGUCGUCGACCUGGACAACUACCUUGACGCACAAUACUAUGGACCCAUCUACAUAGGCACUCCAGGCCAGUUCUUCAAAGUGAUCUUCGACACUGGCUCUUCUAAUCUGUGGAUCCCCUCAGAGCAGUGUGCUGUUCUUAACUUGGCUUGUCAGCUGCACAACCGCUAUGAUUCAUCCCUGUCCUCCUCCUACAAGCCCAACGGAACUGACUUUGACAUUCAAUAUGGGUCAGGGGCCAUGCGUGGAUUCCUCUCAAGUGACAAUGUUCAGCUCGGCUCUCUGGUAGCCAUUGACCAGACCUUUGCCGAGGCCACAGAGGAGCCCGGCCUGGCCUUUGUAGCAGGCAAGUUCGAUGGCAUCCUGGGAAUGGGCUUCACCGAGAUCUCCGUCAUGGGAAUCCCAACCGUCUUUGAUACUUUGGUGGCCCAGGGGUCUGUCGAGGAGCCCAUCUUCUCCUUCUACCUCAAUCAUGAUGUAGAUGGAUCCCUUGGUGGAGAGCUUGUGCUGGGAGGGUCCGAUCCUAACCACUACGAGGGUGAGUUCCACUACGUCCCAGUGUCAAAGGUUGGCUACUGGCAGCUGACGGCCGAAGCCAUCAAGAUUGGAGGUGAACUGAAGCCAUUCUGCAAUCCUUGUGAGACAAUUGUCGACACUGGAACCUCUCUCAUCGCUGGACCUAAGGACGACGUGGCGGUAAUCAUGGACGACUUCGGUGCCAUUCCGCUCAUCGCCGGCGAGUACAUUAUCCCCUGCGGCAAAGUCCCGGACAUGCCGCUGACCACCUUCACCCUUAACGGCAAGGACUUCGACCUCACCGGACCCGAGCUUAUCAUUGAGAGUGUUGACGAGAGCACCAACACGACUGUCUGCAUCGUUGGCAUUCUCGGACUCAACGUGGGCUCGCUUGACGCUUGGAUUCUUGGAGAUCCCUUCAUCGCCCGCUACUACACCGAGUUUGACGUUGGCAAUACUCGCAUGGGCUUUGCCACGUCCGUUUAGAAAGAUGGGAUGGGAAGAGAGAGAGCGAGAGCGUGAGAAAGAGAGAAUAAUGAAAUGAAAGAUAGUAAAGUUGUAAAAAAACAGAGCAAAAAAUGACAACAGAAUUUAAAAAGACAAAAAUCAAACAAAUUAAAUAAAGAAAAUGGAUGCAAGAGAGAGAGAGAGAGAGAGAGAGAGAGAGAGAGAGAGAGAGAGAGAGAGAGAGAGAGAGAGAGAUUAUCACACCUCCUUUGUAAAGCAAUGAUGAUUGAUAAAUGUAUAUUGACAUCACAAUUUGUGGGAAACUCAAUAACAUUCUGAUACACUGAAGAACAGCAGAGUUCACCACAGUCAUUAUCAUCGUCACUCCGAAUUCUUACACACUUCAGGUCCACCAUAUGAAUAUCUUCCAGGGCCACAGUUGUUAUUAAGAACAGUGCAAUAGAUAAGAGCCAAAGGAGCACAAAUGGUAAAGCUACAAAGUCUGUAGCCCCAAUGCACUUAGAUCACAGAGAAUUAUGAGAAAAGUACAGGACAAUAAAAAUAAAUAAGGUCUGGCAAACGGGAGGUCAAGCGCCAGGACACCAGCAUAAGAAAAUGAAGACGUGUUCCUCGCUCAUGGAGCAGAAAACUUUUUAAACUACUACUAGGCUCCUGAAACCACUCAUGUAAAUCUCAACAACCUGUAUGAGAGCCUCGUUCAAUAGGUUCAUGAAUAUGGUGAAUAAAGGGAUGAGGUAAAGCUGU